AUGGCGCUGGGCUGCAGCCAAGGGGGGCGGCUGUGCGGCCGCGCUGCCCUGGGGCGCCCGGCGCUGAAGCGGCCCCCAGCGCGGCCCUACGCGGCCGACGGCGGCGAGGGGUCAGGCGGGGAGGAGCUGCUCGAGGUUUGCCGGCGGCGGCACUUUGUGCGGGGCGGCGCGGGGCCGCGGCCCUGGCGCGCCUACCUCUGCGGCUGCCCGCCGGCCUUCGGGCCGCUCGGCGUAGCGCUGCGCGCGAACCUGGCGGCGCAGUGGUGGGAGGCCGUGGCCGCCUUCCGCGAGCAGGUCUUCGCGGUGGACGCGCCGCUGCACGGGCCCGCCGGCCCCGGCGCCCCGCCGGCCGCCCAGGCGCUGCGGCUGGUGCCCGCCGAGGUGCCGCGCCGAGCCCCGCGAGGCGGGGAGCCCCGGGCGGAGGAGGCGCUGGGCGCCGCGGGGCUGCUCCGCCAGUCCCUGCUGCCCGGUGCCUUAGCACAGUACGAUAGCUGUUUAGAGUUGGUAAACAAGAGACUACCAUACGGCCUCGCUCAGAUGGGAGUGUGUUUUCACUCCAUUCCAGAAAGGGAGCAAUGCAGUGAAAAUCUCAGCAGAAUAGGCGAAAGGACCACAUCAUCCCUUGUAUGGUUUAGCUCUCCCAGAACUGCAGGACAGUGGCUUGAUUACUGGUUACGGCAGAGACUCCAAUGGUGGAGAAAGUUUGCAAUAGGCCCAUCUAACUUCAGCAGCAGUGACUUUCAGGAUGAAGAAGGAAGAAAAGGAUUUAAUUUAUGCUAUGGCUUUCCAUGGGGAAAAGAGACAAUAGAAACAUUGAUAAACCUGGGUGAUACUGAACUGUUACAAAUGUAUCCAGAGGAUAGAUCAAAGUUACUUGGCCGAGAUGGGAGGAAGAAUGUUAUUCCUCAUGUUCUCUCUGUGAGUGGAAACCUGGACCGAGGAACGUUAGCCUAUCUCUUUGAUUCUCUACAGCUAGUUGAGAAUCCAUUAAUGAAAAAGAAAAAUUCACAGAGAAAGGUACUCAAGCUUCAUCCUUGUUUAGCACCUAUUAAAGUAGCUUUGGAUGUAGGAAAAGGUCCAACACCAGAGCUGAGACAGGUUUGUCAAGGAUUAUUCAAUGAACUGUCAGAAAACAGGAUUUCUGUAUGGCCAGGUUAUCUUGAAACCAUGCAAAUAUCUCUGGAGCAGCUUUAUGCAAAGUACGAUGAGAUGAGUGUUCUCUUCACUGUGUUGAUAACUGAUGUUACUCUGGAGAGUGGAGUGGUCCAGCUAAGAAGCAGAGACACCACCAUGAAGGAAAUGAUGCACAUUUCUAGGCUAAAGGACUUUUUAACUAAGUAUGUAACAUCUGCGAAAAACAGAUAGACUUAUCUUGUUCUAAUAAAAUGACUUUUUUUUUUUAA